GGAUGGUAGGGAAGAAGGGCGGCGGUGAUGCCGACGGAGAGGCGGCGGCGGCGGUAGACCCUAUCGGUGUUGGUGUUGGCGCCGUUGCUGGCCUGACUGAUCGGCAGCUUGGCGUGGUGCCGCCGCCGGCGCGCGUGCGGGCGGAAGGGUUCGAGGUGAUGGGGCCGCCGGUGGACGAUGAGGAGGCUGCGGCGGGGAGGCGGGCCGACGUGGCCGCGCUCCUCGCCGGCUUCGCCCACCACCUCCGUGACAGGACCGCCCACCAUCUCGGCUACCCUUACAACCUGGAUUUCGACUUCAGUGUGAUGGCUCAGUUCCAGAGCUUCUCCAUCAACAACCUUGGCGACCCUUUCAUCGAGAGCAACUACGGUGUGCACUCAAGGCAGUUUGAGGUCGCCGUGCUCGACUGGUUUGCCUGCCUUUGGGAGCUCCAACAGGAUCAGUACUGGGGCUACAUCACCAACUGUGGAACCGAGGGGAAUCUGCACGGCCUACUAGUCGGGAGAGAACUCUUUCCUGAUGGAAUUAUAUACGCGUCUCGCGAGUCACAUUACUCUGUCUUCAAGGCAGGUAGGAUGUAUAGGGUCGAGUGCGUCAAGAUCGACGCUCUGGUCACCGGAGAGAUGAAUUGUGCGGAUUUCAGAGCAAAGCUGUUGGAGAACCUAGGGAGACCCGCCAUUGUGAAUGUGAAUAUUGGGACAACUGUGAAGGGAGCAAUUGAUGAUCUUGACAGGAUCAUAAGUAUUCUUGUGGAAUGUGGGUUUCAGAACCGGUUUUAUAUCCAUUGUGACGGUGCUUUGGCCGGUCUUAUGAUGCCAUUUAUAAGACAAGCUCCAAAGGUGACAUUCACGAAGCCCAUCGGAAGCGUCAGUGUCUCUGGCCACAAGUUCAUGGGUUGCCCAGUACCAUGUGGUGUGGUAAUAACCAGGCUUGAGCAUGUAAAAGUACUUUCUACCGAUAUCGAAUACCUAUCAUCUAGAGACGCAACAAUCAUGGGGAGCCGCAAUGGGCACGCGCCAAUGUACCUAUGGUAUACAUUGAACAAGAAGGGUUACAAAGGCAUCCGCAAGGAAGUUCAAAAGUGCUUGAGAAAUGCUCAUCACCUCGCCAACCGUCUCAAGGAGAUGGGAGUAAGUGCAUCCCUAAACGAGUUGAGUAGCACGGUGGUCUUCGAGAGGCCACAAGACGAGACUUUUGUGCACAAGUGGCAGCUUGCCUGUGAAAGCAGCAUCGCACAUGUGGUAGUGAUGCCAAACAUCGAUGUGGAGAAGCUCGAUGACUUUGUUGAGGAGCUUGUCGCCAGGCGGGCCUGGCAUGAGCGCAAAGUGUUUGACAUACUAUGUGUUGCAAAGGACAUAGGGCAAGAGAAUUGCCUUUGUAGUCUACACAACUAGAAGUCACGGACAACUACGAAAGAUCGGGAACAACAACUUACAAUAGGGAGUUAAUUUACACACGAGUGAUCUAGCUUUAAUAAAAUGGACAUGCUGCCUCUUGUUUUCUACUUAUGUUGAUGUAAUAUCUAUAUUCGUGACAUCUUUUAAUUAUG